GCGAUUGUCACGUGAUUACCUUAGAAACACGACUCGAGUCUGGACUCGCUGGUCAGGUAGAGAGGCAGUGUUUUGCAGCCACAGGUAACCUACUAAGAAUGGCGUCAUUUAUUUCUUAAGUCCACGUUUCUUUUGAAUCUUUUUUAAAGUGAAGAGGCGUUACCUGGGCUAUGAAUUGAUUUGUUUUUCGAUUAAACGGUAGUGCAAGCAAGCGCAACUGACAGGAGUGAGUUCGUCGGUCUUUGUUGGCAGAUGCUGGGAUGCUCCAUGGUCUCCACGUUUGAGGGCCCAGUUCUCGCAUCCCGACAGUGAGAGAAUGCUGGGAUGGAGUUCCUCCUCGGCUAUGGAAGAGGCAGUAACAGCCUUUGCUUCGGAGGUCCGUGCCAACGUUCCCGCUGAAUCCGUGACAGAACCCGAGCCCCUUGAUUCGCUGGGUCAUGCUCCGCGGCUGUGCGUUUCCCGUGCGUUCCCCUCUGCCCGGAGCUCGGACACGCUCCAGUGGACCCCAGCACUGAACCAUGUCUCCGCUCGCAGUCCUGUUCCUUCUGUGUGCUCUCCUUCCCGCACCGGCGCUCAGUGAAGGCCCCUCUCCUGGGUGUGAGCCCCGGAAAAGUGUUCCCUAUGACAGUGGCAGUAUCAAGCUGUUUCGACAGGACGGGGUGUGGAACUACACCACCCUGCUUCUGCGAGAGGACCUGGGCCUGCUCUUCCUCGGGGCCCGGGAGGCCAUCUUCGCCCUGGACAUCGCUGACAUCACCAGCAAGAAGGCCCAGGUUGACUGGCAAGUCACAGCGGACAAGCAGAAAGAGUGCACUUAUAAAGGAAAAAAUGCAGAGACUGACUGCAGAAACUACAUCCGGGUCCUGCAGAAAGUGGAUGACGACAUCAUGUAUGUGUGUGGAACCAACGCGUUCAGCCCCACCUGUACGUACAUGAAUUACGCUGAAGGACGGCUGGAGCUUGACGAAAGACAGGAGGAGGGAAAAGGCCAGUGCCCGUUCGACCCAUUCCAGAGGCACUUCUCCGUCAUGAUAGAUGGGAUCCUGUACUCGGCCACCACAAACAACUUCCUGGGCUCUGAGCCCGUGGUGCUGCGGAGCUCUGCCACUGCGAUACGAACAGAGUUCAAGAGCUCCUGGCUCAACGAGCCCGUCUUUGUGCACAUGGACGUGGUUCGGGAGAGCGAAGGCAGUCCGGAGGGGGAUGACGACAAGGUCUACAUGUUCUUCAACGAGAACGCGGUGGAGUACGACUUCCCCAAUAAGCUCAUGGUGUCCCGCGUCGCCCGUGUGUGCAAGGGGGACAUCGGUGGCCAGAGGACUCUGCAGAAGAGGUGGACCACCUUCCUGAAGGCCCGUCUGGACUGCCCUGUCCCAGAGCCCAGCCUCCCGUACAUCGUCCAAGAUGUCUUCCUGCUGCAGCACAGCGACUGGAGGGAGAGCUUCUUCUACGCGGUGUUCACCCCGCAGGGCUCCUCCAACCUGUCGGCGGUGUGUGCGUACAGCGUGACCGGCAUCGGGGACGUGUUCUCCGAGGGGCGGUACAAGACGGCGGUCACCGUGGAGACGUCUCACGUGAUGUGGGUGAUGUACAGCGGAGAAUUGCCCGUCCCCCGCCCAGGCGCGUGCAUUACCGAUGCGACGAGGAAACGGGGCAUUCAGAGCUCCAUGGAUCUGCCAGAUAAGACCCUGCAGUUUGUGAGGGACCGGCCCCUCAUGGACGAGGCCGUGAGGCCCCUGAACGGGGAGCCCCGGCUCCUGAAGAGGGGCCCGCUCUUCACCCGAAUCGUUGUGGACCGCGUGACGGCCCUGGACGGGGGCAGCCAUGACGUCAUGUUCAUCGGCACAGAGAACGGGUUUGUGCAGAAAGCUGUGAACUACAAUGGCGAGAUGUUCAUCAUUGAAGAGGUGCAGCUGCUUCCUGUCCCGGAGCCAAUCAAAACCCUCCGGCUCUCUAACGCCAUGGGCCAGCUGUACGCGGGAACAGAGACCGCCGUGGUGCAGAUGGCGUUGAGCGAGUGCGGUCGCUACAGCUCCUGCCAGGACUGCGUGCUCGCCAGAGACCCCUACUGCGCCUGGGAUGCUACUGCAGCUCUCUGUGCUGCUGUGUCCAGCCUGGACUCCACCUCAGACAGGUCCCUGAUCCAGGAUUUGAUCAAUGGGGAUGAAUCUCUAUGCCCAGACUCAGAGAGUGUGGAGCCCCAGAGCUACACGCUAAUCCCAGGGAACAACAUCCUCCUGCAGUGCCGGCCCGACUCCAACCUGGCCCAGGUGCGCUGGCUCUAUGACGGCCAGCCGCUGGACCCCUCCGACGGGAAGUACUUCCUGUACCGCGAGGGCCUGCUGAUCCGCGACGCCUCCGAGGGCGACUCCGGCCAGUACACCUGCCAGUCCGUGGAGCGGGUCGGAGGGAACCGGCACACCAGAACUGUGGCGGUGUACCAGCUGCAGCCGGGAGGCGGAGACGGGGAGUUCCCCUCGACAGAGACCGCGCCCACGGAGGCCCCGGCCCCAUCCCCAACGGCGACCCCCAUAGAGCCCUCAACCACGACCGGAACGCUGGGGGAGGAUUCCACCUUUCUUUCUCAGUCGAGGAGUGAACAGGGCAAGAUCGUAGCCUUGCAGGUGGCUGUGGCCUUGCUGUCGAUUCUUCUGGUCGCCCUGGUGACCUGGAACGUGUGUCACGGACAUUUCCCUUUCCUGGGACGGUACGCACCCAAGGCGCUGAGGAGCCCCGGGAUCCGGCAGGUGCAGAGCCCACCUCCAGACUUCACCUGCCACCAGGUGCCCUUCCAGACCAAGGUGGCGGCCGAGAGCAAGAUGCUGGUGGCUCCGGCAAACUGCAACGCUGGCAACAACCACGCGGGCGACGAGCUGACCACCAAUCACACCCUGUCUCCCAGGGUCCCUGCUUCCAUUGACGUCUUCCAAUUCAUUAACGACGAGUCCGAGAUCUGAGCCCCUCCCGGUGGACUGUUUUCAGGAAAAAGGGCAGCUGAUUUUAAAACUGUGUGUUAUCAUUUCACGUGCGGUGCGAUGAGGUUCCCUUGGGUCGUUUGGGAAAACCAGCUCGCUGUUUAAAGUGGGGUGGGUUUGCCAAUGGAAGGCACCCGUCCUUCUGGGCCAGAUGGAAUUCUCCAGGGUACUGAGGGGAUACUGUGCUGGAGGAUGGUGUUUUCCAAACUAUCUUUGCCUCGGUCUUCCCAUAAUACAAAGUGGCACAUUGGCACCUUUACUACCACACACACACACACACACACACACACACACACACACUUGGACAUGUACACACCCUGCACACUGAAUUCACAGUUUGUUGUUAUUGAAUGUAUUUUUUCACAUCAAAGGAGAACCUUACUGUAAUGCUGCAAAAAGAUAACUUGUGGUACCAAAUGCUUUUUUUUAAACUUGUGAAACAUUGUGAAA